GGGUGGGGGGCUUAUCGAGGAAGCAAGUCACCAGCAGCCGAGUCCACCAGACCGCUGCGAUGGACCCCAGCGACGAUGUUGAGACGGGGGAGACUGAGAGACACGCGGCACUCUUCUACGUGCCAAUUCCAGACGCGUCCCCGACUAAGAACGAACAGGAGAAGCUGUCUGGGGUGGUGAAAAACGUCCACCGAAAGCUCCGCAGGAAAUAUAGAGAAGUGGGCAACUUUGACAAGAUCUGGCGUGAGCACUGCGAGGAUGAGCAAACGCUGAGCGAGUACGCUGUCGCCAUGAAGAACCUCGCUGAUAAUCACUGGGCUGCCAACUGCGAAAAGGAGGGACGCAUCGAAUGGUGUCGCAGUGUCUGCCAGGAGUAUUUCUGGGAUGGUGGCAUGAAAAGAAUGUUGGAGAAAGAUGAGAAAAGUCCUUCUUUCUCCACCAGUCCCAUUGAACCGUCUUCGAGUGGACGACCGUCUUGUUCUAUCCAAUGUUCAGGCGCUCAGAUGGGGAAAAUGCGCCUCCUGGAUGUGGGAAGCUGCUUUAACCCUUUCAUGAAGUUUGACGAGUUCCUCACAGUCGGUAUCGACAUUGUACCUGCGGUUGAGAGUGUGUACAAGUGCGACUUCCUCAACCUCCAGCUCCAGCGGCCCCUCCAGCUGACGAGGGACUCCGUGGAGGCCUUCCUCCGUCACCUGCACAACCCCAUCGACGCCCUGCCGGGAGAGCUCUUCCACGUGGUAGUCUUCUCCCUGCUCUUGUCCUACUUCCCGUCACCCUACCAGCGCUGGAUCUGCUGCAAGAAGGCCCACGAGCUGCUGGAUCUGCACGGCCUGCUACUCAUCAUCACGCCUGACUCCUCGCAUCAAAACCGCCACGCCCUCAUGAUGCGCAGCUGGCGCGUGGCGGUGGAGUCGCUGGGCUUCAAGCGCUACAAGUACGUCAAGUACUCCCACAUGCACCUCAUCGCCUUCCGCAAGGUGUCACUGGCCACCACUAGCGACCUCGUGUCGCGCAACUACCCUGAGAUGCUCUACAUCCCUCAGGACUUCCACACCAGCGAGGAGGAUGAGUCCGGCGAGGCGCAGGCCCGCUCCGACUUCGAGGACGACCAGCUGGCUUGGGCCUUCGCCGAGCUUCCCGACUCCUACGACUCGGAUUCCGGGGAGAGCCAGAGUGGCUCGGUGCCUGGCUUUCAGGAGCUGGAGGACCCCAUCCUGCUCCAGACCUAGCCUACCCCCCUCUCCUCUCUAACUCAACUGCUGCGCUGCCAAACGUAAACCUGCUGCAUUCCCCUCGCCCUCCCACUCCUCCAAACCAUACGGUUUGCACAGUGUGAAAGAGAGAUGUUUACAUAUUAUUUUCUCAUAACACUCUCUCUCUACAUAUAUUUUGAUAAAUAGAUACUUUUUCUAAGAGUUGGAAAGUGAGCGCCCCUAAAAUAGCAACGCUUUCCUGCUUCUUGACGUCCACCAUUGUCCCCCAGUGUGCCUGCGUGCCGAACAAGAGCUUAUGUGCGUCGGGCCGCUCGCUAACAAUAAUCCCCCCAAAACCAAACGACAACCUGAGCAGCGUGACGAUUGAUGAUUGUGCUGAAGAGACUGAACAAGUGGACUCUGGUGGGCUGCCUUGAAAAAGUUAGAAGCACUCCUUUCAAAGACAUUGGUGUUGUUCAGUGUUGCGUUGUUUUUAACUCCUUAAUGAUUUAUGCAUCCUUAACAGCAAUGUGGUAUUUGUAGCAUUCUAGGACCAUCUAACUGGAGUAUUCUUCUAAUGUGACUUAGGUGUGUUUCUUAUAGUGUCACAAGGUACUAAUGUUCAAAGUAAUAUUUUAUUUUAUUUUUUUUCAUAAAUCCCCGAUAUUGGUUAUUCUUGUAUAACAACCAUUUUUUUGUUUGUUUUCAAGCAGAGAAAUUAUACAAGUGUGUCGCUGCCAAACAGACUUGUUGGUAGCAGUAACUUUGAUAUCACGCAUCCUUGUAAUUAAAGCAGGGGUGGGCAACCGACGACCCGUGGGUCAGGUACUUGCCCGCAAGAGAGUUUGAUCCGGCCAACCAUGUGAUUUUUCAAAACCGAAUAAAAGCACAUUUAAUUCGUAAAUGGUCAUUAUGUAACUAUGGAACAAAUGUAUCAGCAAAAAGGUUGCCCACCCUGCUCCUUAAGACUGAGAAUUCACCUUAACUGAAAAUCUUUGCACUAGUUAAACCUCAGAAACAAGCGUGAAGCAAUUUUUUAUUAUUAUUAUUUUUAAUCUUAUUAAAGCAAUAGGUGCUGCUGAGGUUUUUAAGCGACUAGCGGACGUCGGCGUUUGUGCGUAUGAAUGACGGCGUCCUGGCACUUUAUCUCUCACUGAUCCCAAAGGGCGUUCCAAAUUGACCUAUUUUCUUACGAUGACCAGCAAGAUGAGAAAGUGGCACGUCCGAAGGUGCCUUCACAGAGACCAUUUCCUCCCCCUUAACUCAUUCACUGCCAGCCUUCCCCGUUAACAUGGAUAUUUGACUUCUAAAGCAGUCGAAUGGCAGUGAAUGUGUUAAAGAUGUCACACGUCGACAGCACAACGGUUUUGCUUGUCUUAUUGAGGGUUAACGGAAAUCCUUUCCUAUGCCUGUAAUGCAUGUUCAUAUCGCUCAGUCAGUGGUUGUGUGAGUGGUGCAGUAGUCUUCCAGUGUUUUCCUGAGACUCAUUUGCAUGGUUUAUCAUCAAACAUUCUCAACAGUUGCAGAACAACGUGUGCUUGUAUGGUUGUGUUUUUUUAUAAACAUAAAUGGAAGGUA